CGGAGCCGUCGUGUGUUCGCGCUCACCUCCUUUCCCCCUUCUACAUGCAACUGUUGCUGCUGCGGCAGCGGUAGGAGCGAGAGGAUCGCGCCACGUGUUUGAGAGUAACCCGGAAGUAAGUACCACUGUGUUCGAUGGGGCUUACUCGCCGGAAUUCUCACCAUGGCCAAAGAUGGGGAAGAAAGAGAGAAGCUACUGAAGAGGAUCCAGGAGCUGGAAGACACUGUGCAAAGGCUGGAAGAAAGGCUCCAGGAGCAUAAGGAACCCAUGGGCACAGAAGGCAGCCAUCCAGCAUCUGGAAAAACUAAGCAACGCCAGCAGCGGCCAUUUGAUUUUAGUGCUUACGGCCGGAGACAUGUGGCUCUAAAGAUAGCCUACCUGGGCUGGGGAUACCAGGGCUUUGCCAGCCAGGAGAAUACCAACAAUACUAUUGAAGAGAAGCUGUUUGAGGCUCUUGGCAAAACCCGGCUAGUAGAUAGUAGGCAGGCUUCCAACUACCACCGCUGCGGGCGCACUGACAAGGGAGUCAGUGCCUUUGGACAGGUGAUCUCCCUGGAUCUACGCUCAAACCUCUCAGAGGACGGACCUGAGGGUACCACAAAAGAUAAACCAACUAAAACCGCAGAGGAGAUCCGCUACACCCACAUCUUGAAUCAGGUUCUCCCUCCUGAUAUACGUGCACUGGCUUGGGCCCCAGUAGAACCCUGUUUCAGUGCUAGAUUUAGUUGCCUGAAGAGGACCUAUCGCUACUUUUUCCCCCAUGCGGAUCUGGAUGUAUCUCUCAUGAAUACUGCAGCUCAGAAGUUUGUGGGGACACAUGAUUUUCGUAAUCUGUGCAAGAUGGACGUAGCCAAUGGUGUGACUAAUUUUCAAAGGACAAUUCUUACUGCAGAGGUGCAGCUUGUGGAUAGAGAAGAGGAGACUGAGCAACAAAACCCAUUCCAAAUGUACCAGUUUGAAGUGACAGGCCAAGCCUUCCUCUAUCACCAGGUCCGCUGCAUGAUGGCUAUCCUCUUCUUGAUUGGACAAAGGAUGGAGAAGCCAGAGAUUAUUGAUGAGCUGCUGGAUAUAGAGAACAACCCUAGAAAACCACAAUACAGUAUGGCUGUGGAAUUUCCUCUGGUUCUCUAUGCUUGUGAGUUUGAAAACAUCCAGUGGAUCUAUGAUCGCAAAGUCCAGGAGUUUAACGUUACUCAUCUACAACAGCUUUGGGCUAACCAUGCAGUUAAAACCCAUAUGCUGUACAGCAUGCUAAAGGGACUAGAUUUUGCCAAGAUACCGAUAGAGACAGGUUCAAGGAACGACACAACAGUUCUCUGGAGAGAGAUAACGCCUCCAUUCCACAAACAGAUUAGUGCUUUAAUUGAAGGCGUGAAAGCGCGCAACUACAAACCGUUAAUGGACCGUCCCAAGUGUGAAGGCUUGGAGUCGCGCAUCAGUCACUUUGUGCGUAGAGGACGCAUUGAACUUUCACACUUAAAAAAAACAAAAUACUCUGAAAUGGAAGCAGGUGAACAGAUGGAAAUUAAGAGUGGCCACAGGGAUACUGCAGAAACAGGCAACGAAGUUCCAGAACAAGCUGCAAAGAGGGUCUGCACAAGUUCCGACUGACAUUUCCAGAUCAUAUCUCACCAUCUCCAAGAAAGCACAAUGAUCUUUUAUCCAAGACUUAUAGGGAUACAAAUUUGACAUUUUUUUUAAUUGCAGCAUCCAUUAAACCUUUUUUUUUUCAUUUAAGAAAUAAACAUUUAGUAA